AUGAGAUCACUUCCACCACCAAGAAUAACCCGAGCCCGAAGAUGGAAACGAAUAAAACGGGCAAUCAAGAACUUGUUCCUCCAAGGGUACAUUUCCGACUUUUCCGUCUUCCACAGGAGUACCCAACCCAACUACACCAUUUCCAAAAUCCACAAGUCAAGAUUUUCGUCACGGCUAAAGAAGCAGUCGCAGAUGGGAAUUAUCCAAACGGCAAACAUUGGUCUACAAGUAGCAGGGUACUUGGGAAAAUUAGCAGCAAACCUUAGUUUUGCUCGGUUUCAAGAAGUGCAACAGACUACAGAGUAA